AUGCCAUCAAAACACGAGUAUGACAUACGGGAACUGCCACCAGAUGAUCGAAUUCGCUAUAGUUUGAAAUACCGAAAAGCGCUUUAUUUCACAUCCCAAGCAGCCAUCUGGACCUUCCAUCUGUACUUUCUUGUGCGCCUGCUAUUAGUGCUCACUGCACCGCAGCAGACAUGGCAAAUAUGGCUCAUGCUUCUCGUCGAGUAUAUUUUCGCUCGUACACCCCGUAAUGACCAGGUCCUCACCUUAUCGGCAAGCAAGUCAGGUCAGAAUCGUCCUAGGGACAGACUUCGACUUCUUGGUAAUGAUAGUUUGCCUCGAGUCAAUGUUCUGGUCCCCUGUUGUGGAGAGCCAACGGACGUGGUUCUCGACACUGUCCGCGCGGCUUGCUCUAUGGACUAUCCUCCCAUCCAAUUUCGAGUGCUCUUACUAGACGAUGGGGCCUCAAAUGCACUGCGUGAUGCUAUUGCAAGUCUACGCUCCGAAUGGCCUCAUCUGUCUUAUCAUACGCGGGGGCAACAGUCCGGUCGUGUCUUUGCGAAAGCUGGAAACCUCAACUACGCUCUCUUCGAGUUGCGGAAUGAGUUCCAACCGGAGUUUUAUGCGGUUCUAGAUGCCGACUGCAUGCCCAAACCUGAUUUUCUAAGAGCGACGCUGCCUCAUCUACUUAGAGACCCCCAAGCCGCUUUACUCACAACACGACAGUACUACUACAACUUGCCGGAUGGGGACCCGUUGCAACAAUCCCGCACUCACUUCUACACUUGCCAUAAUUCUGAGCUUGAUCGGAUGUCCUCCGCUAUUGAUGCAGGGUCUGGUGCUGUUUUUCGUCGUCAAGCCAUCGUUGAUGUUGGCGGAUAUCCGACUUUUUCGUUCUCUGAGGAUUGGCAACUUUCUUUGAUACUGCAAGGGCUCGGAUACCGGACACUUCAGGUCCUAGAACCGUUGCAAUUCGGAUUGGUGCCGACGUCAUUGGAUGGUCAUAUUGCCCAAAGGAACAGAUGGCAGCUUGGACAUUCACAACAGCCGUCUGUAUUGUUCUCUGAUGUAAACCAAUCUAUUCCGCGCUAUCUGAAAUGGAGUAUAACCUUUAAUGGAGUGUUUAUUGUCCUCGGUCUGGUCGGUUACAUGCUCGGAUUCGCAGCCGUUCCCGUGCUUCUUGCUUCGGGUAAUCUGAUUCCGACCACAUCACCGCCGAUAGUACAGAUUCAAGUUAUUUUGGCUGUACUGUUUGUCGCCUUGACUUGGAUACAUGGAUUGAUACAGGCCGCCCAUACAGGGUUCCGCAUCGCGCCCUUUGCUCAUCUGGAGAAUAGUUGGUUGGCAGGCACCCAUAUCCUUGCGGUUUUACGAUUUCACUGCGUCUCCAAGAAACCGAAGGGUUCUUUUGUCACCGGCAGCAGCGCUAACUCAUGGAACCGCAUGAUGGAACUUCCAAAAUACAAAAAGCUACGCAAAGACUUGUUAGACAACGGACUUCUCUACAGCCUGUUCCUUUUUCUCGCGACCCUAGGCGCAUUUAUGAUCUCUUUCCAUGGAGCAUUUAUCCAUACCUCUACUGCAGCUCAACCACUACUCGUGAGAUUACUGACGACUUUAGCGUGGCCGCCUAUGCUCCAUAUCGCCUACUUGACUCUUAGCAAUCUAUGGAUUCCAAUUGCAUAUCUCCUACAGCGUCCAGAGCAUCCAGAGCGAAGGUCGAAGAUGGCUGCUCACGCAAAUGGCAUCUUCUUGCCGCGAGAUGAUGUGCAAAAGAAGCUUCUUCAACACAGCGUUUUACCGCUUGGCUACUUGAACCACUAUGUCUUGGUACCCGUUGUUUUGGUUGCAGUUUUGAUCAUGGCAGUAGCUCUGUGA